AGUAGGUGACAUGUUGGGGUUUUUCACAGCAGACGCGUUAGGAGCUGACAUGAGGGAACUGAGAACCUGGGUGUUCUGGCGGGCCGUGGCUGCAGAGUUUCUCGGUAUGCUGCUGUUCCUGUUCGUCGGAUUGUCUGCCAUCAUCGGGAAGACCGAGGGCGCCAUUAAGGGGGAGACGCUCGCUCAGGAGCUGAAGGUCUCUCUGGCCUUCGCGCUGGCCAUCGCCACUCUGGUUCAGAGUUUGGGGCACGUCAGUGGAGCUCACCUGAACCCUGCCGUCACGCUGGGCCUGCUGGUCAGCUGCCAGAUCAGCAUCCUCAGGUGUGUGUUCUACAUCCUGGCACAGAUGCUCGGGGCAGUUACAGCGAGCGCUAUAGUGAAGGGAUACAGACAUAAAGGUUCUCUCGGGGUUAACCAGCUAAACAAUGUGACUGCAGGACAGGGCUUUAUCAUCGAGUUCCUGGCCACCCUUCAGCUGGUGCUGUGUGUGAUCGCUGUGACUGAUAAGCGACAAGCGAGUCACGUCAAGGGCUUUGCACCGCUGGCCAUCGGGCUGUCCGUGGGGCUCGGCCACUUUGCAGCUAUAAGUUUCACUGGAUGUGGCAUCAACCCUGCUCGCUCCUUUGGCCCGGCUGUAAUCCUAGGUCAAAUGGAGAACCACUGGAUCUACUGGCUGGGCCCGAUGUGCGGAGGAAUGGCAGCAUCUGUUAUCUACGAUUUCCUCCUGUACCCACGAACACCUAACUUGAGGACUCGCAGUUCGAUCUUCCUUCAUGGUCCACAAGAGGAAAACCGAGCAGCUGAAGUAAUUGAGGAGGACAACGGCAGCCCGGGGCCGAGUCAGUGGCCGAAACAAUGAACAGCAUUAAACAUUAUUCCUUUUCUGGCUGUCACCACAUUAAUAAACAACUAAGAUGCUUUUAACGUUACAGCUGGUUUCCUUUUUAACUGUGCAGUGUGUAUUUUCUUAUCCGUGCAUUUCAUAUAAUAAAGCUCCAUCCUUUUCUUCCAA